UGGGGAUGAAUGACUUAAUUGAUCACUAAAAUGAGAACAAAUUAUACUCAGAGUUACGAUUCAUUCUAUCAAAACUCUAUAGAAAAAUAACUUAUAGACACCAACAACUAUUGAUGAGGAGAUUCCGAGAUUAUAUAUAGACUGUUCAACUCUUUUUUAUUCAUUCAUACAUACUAUUCAAAGAAGAAAACAUAAUUGUCUGUAAAAUACGCUCAAAGUUUCUAUCUCUCGAACAACUCUUUUUAGCCUUUCUAGCACGAGCAAUCUUGAAUUACAGUGAAGAAGUCUAUCCUCUACAUUCCAUGGCACCUUGUUUAAUUUGUACAUAUAAAUAUAAAUACCACACUUAAGACAUUCAUGGAGAGAAUGUAUAACUAACGGUUUUGAAUGGUGUUGUAGUUGAGUUUUUGCUGUGAAAUAAUGUUGUAGUUAAAUUUAAUUUAUAUUUGUUACACAUUGGUUUUCCAGUUGUUAUUUUUUUUUUUUAACUAUUUUCCAAUUAAGCAUCAUGUCAACCCCUAAAUUGCUCAACAUAGUUACAAAUUCGAGUGUCUAUUACCCAUCAAUUGCUAUAUUUGUUUGAUUUGGCUUUCAUGUUUCCGAUUUCCCCUCCAUUAUGCACUGACUCUAAUUUUAACCACCAUUCUCACUUCUCACUCUUCAAUCACAAUGUUAAUCUCAUCACCUAAACAACCCUUCCUCCUCGUAACCAUCUUAAUCACCAUCUUGUUAUUGGGCCCAGGCCCAAUCCUCGCUCGCAACGCCCACGUCAUCAAUUUCCGGUCACCGAACCUCUACCCGGAAUCCCUAACGUGGGACCCACGCGCGCAGCACUUCCUCCUCGGAUCCCUCCGCCAGCGCAUCAUCGCCGCCGUCUCCGACGCGGGGGUCGUGGAAACCUUCAUCUCAGACACCGACCUUCCCGCAGACGUCGCCUUCCUCGGCCUCGCCGUCGAUUCCCCGCGAAACCGCCUCCUCGCCGUCGUCCACUCCAGCUAUUCCCUCCCUCCGUUCAACGCCCUCGCCGCCUACGACCUCCGCUCCCGCCGCCGCCUCUUCCUCUCCUCCCUCCCCUCCGAAGAGAUCGACGCCGCCAAUGACGUCGCCGUCGACCACCGCGGCAACGCCUUCGUCACAAACUCCGGCGGAAACUUCAUCUGGAAGGUCACCACUGACGGAUCCGCCUCUAUCUUCUCCACAUCUCCGAUGUACAAGACGGCAACGGAAAUUCCAGCAAACGACAACGACACCGCACCUCACGGUUCCCUAGGACUCAACGGAAUCGCUUACGUCAGCAAAGGUUACCUUUUAGUGGUGCAAUCGAGCACCGGGAAGGUUUUCAAGGUGGACGCGGUGGACGGCACGGCAAGGAAAGUGUUGCUGAACGAGGACCUCGUCGGCGCCGACGACAUCGCGGUGAGGAAGGACGGGGCGGCGGCGGUGGUGUCGCCGUUGAAGGAGUUGUGGUUGGUGAAGAGCAUUGAUAGUUGGGCGGAGGGAACGGUGUACGACAACGUGGAGGUUAAUGUGCGGCGGUUCCCGACGUCGGUGGUGGUCGGAGAUAAGGAGAGGGUGUAUGUGUUGUACGGACACUUGGAUGAAGGGAGAAUGGGGGAUUCCGGAAGAGAGAGUUUUGGGAUUGCUGAGUUAAGAUCUAAAAAAGAGGGUCAAGAUGAGAGCAUUUGGAUCUUUGUGCUCAUUGGUAUUGGCUUAGCUUAUUUUUGCUUUUGGAGGUUUCAGAUGGGUCAACUAGUUAAGAAAAUGGACAAGAUCAAUUGAGUUUCAGUUCUAAAGAAUGUUUUGCUCCCAGUUUUGUAAACAUAUUCAGGUUGGUUGAUUGAUUGACUCGUCCCAGUUUUGCAAUUUUUUUCAGUUCAUUCUAAGUGCAAUUUUGAUUAGAUUGUUGCUUGAUGGACUAAUGGAUGCCUCUAGUAAUACUAAGUGGUAUCGAUUUUGAGUUGAUA